AUGUUACGGAGACGUUUCUUUGCACGACCAGUACUACCCCGAAAUUUCUCAAGGUCAAUCUUCUACGUCCCACCGCUCCCGCACUUUGAAAAGACUAGAGGUAUCCCAGGCCUCCUCACCGAACCAGCAUUCGAAAUAGCAUGGGUGCAGUACCAGUCAAUGCUCCUGAAAAAUCUAAACAGAUUAGUUAACGACACAAUAUGGGCCAAUAAGAGUCCUAAAGAAAUUGCCAAUAAUUUUGCGCGAGAUCCCGAAAAUGCAGCAACAUUCAACUAUGCCUCUGCUGCUCACAAUAACCACUUCUUCUUUGAAUCUCUCACAUGUAACGAUACCAACCCUGAAAACACGCCGGAAAAAUUUCGGGCACAGAUCACGAAGAGCUUUGGGAGCUUCGAGACUUUGAGGCUAGAUAUGCUUAAAACUGCAAAUGCCAUGUUUGGUCCGGGAUUUGUCUGGCUUGUGAAGGAUUUCGAGAACAACUAUUCCAUCCUAGCUACCUACCUAGCAGGCAGUCCAUACCCUGAGGCGCACUUUAGGAAACAGUCUGUCGACUACAACAUCCAGAGCGCUGAAUCACCCAAGAACUUUUCGGAGCACAUGAAGAAAAUGGUGGCUGGGCCACCUGCCAACUCAGUGGGAAAAUUUGGCUCCCAAAUAGAUGACCCUAAGCGUCCUCCUGGGGGCACUAUACUUACUCCUGUACUUUGUGUAAACACUUGGCCACAUGUCUAUCUUCCUGACUAUGGUUUCCAACCCGGCAAAGAGGAAUUUACGGCGCAAUGGUGGAAAAAAAUCAAUUGGGACAUUGUAUCAUCGCGUGCAAUUGGAAGUAGUACCCGGGAUUUCGUUCUUUAA